AUGAGAAGGCGCUAUAUAAAUGCAGGCAUGCUAUGUUCACAAUGUUACAUGCAUGAGGAGACCUUGUUACAUGCAUUAAGGGACUGUGAAAGGGCGAUUGCAGUUUGGUUAUCUUCAGGGUGUGAUAGCAAGUGUAAGAAUGGUGAAAUGAGAAAUGCUGAUGACAUGGCUAGAUUUGCAACUGAUUUUUUGGAGGAAUAUAUGAGAGCUCAAUGUAGAACAGAGAACCAAGGGGAAAGCACUGCCCACUGGAAACCACCCCCAUCACAUGCUAUUAAAGUUAAUUUUGAUGGAGCCUUAAACAUCGAAACUGCAACGGGAGGUAUUGGGGUUGGAGUUCGAAAUCACAAGGGAGAAGUACUUAGAGCAGUAGCGAAGAGAGUUGAAGAUAUCAGGAAUGCGCUGCUAGUUGAGCCAAUUGCUGCGGUGGCUAGAAUAUCUCUUGCACAGGAACUAGGCUUCAGAUCAAUAAUCCUAGAAGGUGAUGCUUCUAAAGUUAUAUCCAAACUAAAUCAGGGAAAUAAGGACUUACCUGCUAAUGGUAAUAUACUGGAGGAUGCUAAGAUCCUGAAGCAAAGUUUCAACUAUAUUAGGGAGGAGUAUGUGCGACGUCAUGCAAAUGAUGUUGCCCAUAUAUUAGCUAGGUUGGGCUGGGAUUGUCAAGGCACCUGUACUGGGUAUAUGAAUACCCACCGAUUAUUCAUAAGGCUAUUAUGA